UACCACACCGGUUGUGCUUGUAGUCCCUGUUCAAUCUAGCAGGGUAAACCUGGACUCCAGGCAGAAACGAAAUUACGUGUAAUUGUUGGUGCAAGUUAUUGCUAACUUUCAUACUGUAAUUUUUGUCGAGUUUUAAAAAUAGAAUCUAUCGAGAAGACACUUCUGAUUUGGAUUGGAAAAAAGAAAAAUCAUUAUAUAAAAAUAGAAAUAAUAACUUUAAAAUCAAUUAGAAAUUGAGUGAUUUCACAAUAAAAGCAAAAACAAAGAAACUCUAGAGUGAACUUUUUUAAUAACUGCUUUUUUUUUUUUUGUGGAAAAAAUGAGUAGUGGACAAGUGUCAGGUGUUAUCACCGUUAAUCAACCUACGAACAAUAAACUUAAUGGUGGAAAUUUCGAGAAUGAAACUGGAGGUUGGCGUGGAGAUAAUGUUAUAUUAUUGAGCCAAGAUUCACCGAAUAAAGAACGUUCUAAUGAUGAACAAAGCAUUACCUUAGCUGUAGAUUCAUAUUGGCUAUUGGAAUUGGCGCACAGAGAAUAUCAAUCAGGAGACUACGAAAACGCUGAGAGACACUGUAUGCAACUAUGGAGACAGGAAUCGAAUAAUACUGGAGUUUUGCUGUUGCUCUCAUCCAUUCAUUUCCAAUGUCGACGGCUUGAAAAAUCUGCACACUUCAGUAGUCUUGCUAUAAAGCAAAAUCCACUUCUUGCAGAAGCUUAUAGUAACUUAGGAAAUGUAUACAAAGAAAGAGGACAACUUCAAGAAGCGUUAGAAAAUUAUAGACAUGCAGUUAGGCUAAAGCCAGACUUUAUUGAUGGAUAUAUCAACCUAGCUGCUGCCCUUGUUGCGGCUGGAGACAUGGAACAGGCUGUUCAAGCCUACGUCACUGCAUUACAAUAUAAUCCAGAUCUCUAUUGUGUGCGUAGUGAUCUUGGUAAUCUUUUGAAAGCAUUAGCCAGACUUGAUGAAGCUAAGGCUUGUUACCUGAAGGCUAUCGAAACACGUCCAGACUUUGCUGUUGCAUGGAGUAAUCUUGGCUGUGUCUUCAAUGCUCAAGGUGAAAUAUGGCUUGCUAUUCAUCACUUCGAAAAAGCUGUAGCAUUGGACCCUAAUUUCUUAGAUGCCUACAUCAAUCUUGGCAAUGUCCUCAAAGAAGCUAGAAUUUUUGAUCGAGCUGUUGCAGCAUAUCUGAGAGCCUUGAAUCUAAGUCCCAAUAAUGCUGUCGUUCAUGGAAACCUGGCUUGUGUAUACUAUGAGCAAGGGCUCAUUGAUUUGGCGAUCGAUACUUAUCGAAGAGCAAUCGAACUCCAACCAAACUUCCCAGAUGCCUAUUGCAAUCUGGCAAAUGCCCUCAAGGAGAAAGGACAAGUGGUUGAAGCUGAAGACUGCUAUAACACUGCUUUACGACUCUGUCCCACCCACGCUGAUUCCCUUAAUAAUUUGGCCAACAUAAAACGCGAACAAGGCUACAUUGAAGAGGCAACUCGUUUAUAUUUGAAAGCUCUAGAAGUAUUUCCAGAAUUUGCAGCAGCCCACAGUAAUCUUGCUUCAGUUCUUCAACAGCAGGGUAAACUUAAUGAGGCUCUCAUGCAUUAUAAAGAAGCAAUCCGUAUCCAACCAACCUUCGCCGAUGCUUAUUCUAAUAUGGGAAACACCCUCAAAGAGAUGCAAGAUAUUCAAGGAGCUUUGCAAUGUUACACUCGAGCUAUACAAAUCAAUCCUGCGUUUGCUGAUGCCCAUUCCAAUCUUGCAUCUAUUCAUAAAGAUUCUGGAAACAUUCCUGAAGCUAUACAGUCAUAUAGAACUGCAUUAAAAUUAAAACCUGACUUCCCUGAUGCUUAUUGUAAUUUAGCACAUUGUUUACAAAUUGCAUGUGAUUGGACAGAUUACGAAGCAAGAAUGAAGAAAUUAGUGUCAAUCGUUGCUGAACAACUUGAUAAAAAUCGAUUACCAAGUGUCCAUCCACAUCAUUCUAUGCUCUAUCCACUUUCUCAUGAAUUUAGAAAGGCUAUUGCAGCACGACAUGCUAAUCUUUGCAUCGAAAAAAUUCAUGUACUCCACAAGCAACCUUACAAAUAUCCUCGUGAAGCUGGAGUACGUUUGAAAAUUGGUUACGUUUCAUCUGAUUUUGGAAAUCAUCCGACAAGCCAUUUGAUGCAAUCAAUUCCUGGAUUACAUGAUAAAAACAUCGUAGAAAUAUUUUGUUAUGCAUUAAGUGCUGAUGAUGGAACAAAUUUCCGUUCGAAAAUUGCUCGUGAAGCGGAACAUUUUAUAGACCUUUCUCAAAUUCCAUGUAAUGGUAAAGCAGCGGAUCGCAUCAAUAAUGACGGAAUUCACAUUUUAGUAAACAUGAAUGGCUACACAAAAGGUGCAAGGAAUGAAAUUUUUGCUCUUCGACCUGCACCUAUUCAAGUAAUGUGGCUUGGAUACCCCGGAACAUCUGGAGCAAGCUUUAUGGACUAUUUAAUUACUGAUGAAGUUACAUCACCUUUGGAAUUAGCAAGUCAAUAUAGUGAAAAGCUUGCUUACAUGCCUCACACGUAUUUCAUUGGUGAUCACAAACAGAUGUUCCCUCAUUUGAAAGAGAGACUUAUCCUAAGUGAUAAAUUAAACGUUAAAGGAAAGGUCGCAGACAAUGUCGCAGUCAUAAAUGCUACUGACUUGUCUCCUAUGAUUGAGAAUACCAUGGUAACGGAGAUCAAAGAAAAAAUAGUUGUCGCAGACUCAAAGUCUAAACCUUUAGAAAUAUCACUGAAAGUUGCUGAAUUGCCUACUACGACCCCAAUUGAGACGAUGAUUGCUUCCGGACAAUGUCAAAUGUCUGUUAAUGGUGUCGUUGUUCAAAAUGGUAUGGCACCUACUCCAGUAAAUACUAAGACAGCUACUGGUGAAGAAGUACCUCAGAAUAUCGUUAUCACAACUAGACAACAAUACGGAUUACCUGAAGAUGCUGUUGUUUAUUGUAAUUUCAAUCAAUUGUACAAAAUUGACCCAUUAACUCUCCACAUGUGGGCGUAUAUUCUCAAACACGUACCAAAUUCUAUUCUUUGGCUUCUUCGUUUCCCUGCUGUUGGAGAACCAAAUUUACAAGCUACUGCUCAACAACUUGGUCUUGCUCCUGGUAGAAUUAUUUUUAGUAAUGUUGCUGCUAAAGAAGAACAUGUACGACGUGGUCAAUUAGCUGAUAUUUGUUUGGAUACACCUCUAUGUAAUGGUCAUACUACCAGCAUGGAUGUUUUGUGGACUGGAACCCCUGUUGUUACUCUUCCUGGCGAAACUUUGGCAUCCAGAGUUGCUGCAAGCCAAUUAAAUACUUUAGGAUGUCCAGAGUUGGUUGCAAGAACUAGACAAGAGUACCAGGAAAUUGCUAUUCGUUUAGGAACGGAGAGAGAGUACUUAAAAGCUAUAAGAGCUAAAGUAUGGAAAGCAAGAUCAGAGAGUCCAUUAUUCAACUGCAAAAUGUAUGCAAUGGGAAUGGAGAUGCUUUAUAAGAAAAUGUGGGAACGAUACGCUCGAGGAGAGAAGCCAGAUCACAUUUCAGCAGUUGACAAGAAUGAAAAUAACCAUCAGAAAGCUUCAGCUGCAUUAUAGACUGUCAGAAAAUAGGGUUAACGAUCUCAACAUAAACUAAAAAAAAAAAAAAAAAUAUUUUGUUUUCUUUUUUUAAUUAUAAAUCAAUUCAAUUUUAAAAUUUAUUCAAUCAAAAAAUUUAAGUGAAAACACCUGUCUUGUUAUUAAAGAAUUACAUUAAAAAAUGUCAGACAAAUUGUUGGAAUUUUUUUUAGGUAGUCUAUAAUUACUAAAUAUUUUUUUUGUAUAAUAGACAAGGUGAAAAAUAAUAUAUAAAACAUAUAUGGACAGAGAAAAUGGAAAAAAAGAGAAUAGAUAUAGAUUUAAUUUAUAUAAAUGGUGAAUAAAAUCAACUGUGCACUCGACAAACAAUAACUGGAUCUGACGAUAAUUAUGAUUAUUAUUAAAAUUAUAAUCAUAGUUAUUAUUAUUAUUAUUGUUAUUAAAAGUAAUAAACUACAACUCGUAAUAAGUUUAA